CCUACUCCUCCCGGCGCCGGCGGCCGCAUCGUCUCGGAGAGCGGGACAUCCGGCGUCAAGGGCAACCCAGCUGCGGCCGUGUAGUGGCGCGUCCAAGGUAAUCCGGCGGCGGUGGAAGGACGGCGGUGCCUUGGCGGGCACGGGGCAGUUCGGAGUGGCUAAACCCUAGAGCGGAGCCGUAGAAUCGAAUCGCCUCCCGCUUUCCGGCCAUGAGCCGGCGGCAGGAGAUAUGCCGGAACUUCCAGCGCGGCAGUUGCAAGUACGGAGCCCAGUGCAGGUACUUGCAUGCCUCCCCUCACCAGCAGCAACAGGCGAGACCCAACCCGUUCGGAUUUGGCACCGGAAGCAGGCAGCAGCAGCCGUCGUUCGGCUCACAGUUCCAACAACAGCAGCAGCAGCAGCAGAAGCCCAACCCUUUUGGUUUUGGGGUGCAAGGUGCCAAUGCGCAGUCACGAAAUGCUCCUGGCCCUGCCAAGCCUUUUCAGAAUAAGUGGGUAAGGGAUCCCUCAGCCCCGACGAAGCAAGCAGAGGCGGCACAGCCACCGCAGGCGCAGGCUGCCCACACAUCCUGUGAAGAUCUUCAGUCCUGCAGACAACAAAUUUCUGAAGAUUUUAAGAACGAGGCACCUAUUUGGAAGCUUACUUGUUAUGCUCAUCUCAGAAGCGGCCCCUGUGAUAUUAAGGGAGACAUUAGCUUUGAGGAACUAAGAGCUAAAGCCUAUGAAGAAGGAAAGCAAGGACAUUCUCUGCAAUCAAUAGUUGAGGGAGAAAGAAAUCUGCAGAAUGCAAAGUUAAUGGAAUUUACUAAUCUGCUCAACAGCGCACACCCAUCGCAAACUCCAAACUUUCCUACUAUGGGUUCCUUCCCUGGAGUGAACAACAACUCAUCAUUUGGGGCUUCUCAAACCAAUGGACCACCUGUGUUCAGUAGUUUCAGUCAAAUUGGAGCAGCAACUAAUCUUGGGCCUGGGUCAGGAAUCACCACACCAGGAGUACCAGCCAGUAGUCCUUUUGGCCAAUCAAGCUCUGCACCACAUGCUGCCCCUACUUUUGGCAGUUCUCAAAUGAAAUUUGGAGUUUCGAGCGCAUUUGGAAACCAGGGUUUGAGGCAACCGUUUGGGACUUUUCAAAGCUCGAGCAACAAUUUUCCAAAGUCCUCUGCAGGCUAUCAGCAGUCUUCUGCUUCCUCUGCCCAGCACAGAGACAUUGACAGGCAAUCGCAGGAGUUGCUUAGUGGGAUGAUGGCUCCUACUAGUGUGAUGGAUGAGGCAUCUGCUGAGAACAUCAAAAAUGAAAAUCAAGAUGAUAGUAUCUGGCUGAAGGAAAAAUGGGCAAUUGGGGAGAUACCGCUGGAUGAACCACCUCAGAGGCACGUUAGCCAUGUGUUUUAAGAACUCAAAGGUGUUCUACCGUGUUGUUGAGGGCUUGAGUCAUGACCUACUCAGCUAUGAUCUGACUUCCUUGUAGUUGGGUUGCCACAAUAUGCUGUACUUUUCUUGCCCCCAGCUUCAUGACGACACAAACGAACUGUACAA